GGUACGCUUAUCUUUUAGUUUGAAUUUUCUUUUUCUUCAAGUCAGUAAUGAUGCAAUUAUAAAUUUGUGUUUGCCUGUAUAUGAACCACGAAGAAACCGUAGGUUCGUAGCUUUGAUUUGAUGAAAUCGAUUAAGACGAUGUUUUGGAGAUUUCGACUUCCAUGAUCUGUGUUGGAAAUGCAAAAGUAAUGUAUCGAUUAGCCGAGUGUGUUGUUUUGUGUGAAAUUACGAAUUGCUUGCUGAAUAAGAGGGUUAUUUGGCUCUCUAUUGUGGAUUAGCGUGCGAUUCUGACAUGGUAAAUGUGUAUUGUUGAGGAAGAGAGCCGAUUAUGGCUCUUGCCUUUGAUUUGCAGGACUUCCUUAUCCGCGCUCGAGUCUUGAAGCUGUACAGGCAAGCACUAAGGGUUACUCGAAGAGCCCCUGUUGAUGCUAGAGGUGAACUUAGAACGACGAUUAGACAAGAAAUGGAGAAUAGUCGUGACUGCAAUGACAGGCAGAAGAUUCGUUAUUUACUUAGUGAAGGACAAGAGAGAUUAAAACGUCUAGAUGAGAUGCUUGACAUGCAAGGCCAUCCUGAGUAAGGAAGAAGGAAGAGCUUUGUAUUUGUAUUCUGUAAGUUGUUGAAUUUCUGAAUGCUUAAUUUUCCAUUUU